AGCAACAUGCCGGUUCCGAUUUCACCGGGAGGUUACCGGUUAAAUCGCCCGGUUUCUGAGUUCACCGCUGGAGUGAGAACACUAUAGUUUCUUCUCAUAUUUAUCCUUCUUUCUCUCAUCACCUACUCUCUAAACAAUAACUUCUCUCCACACAAGAACUGGAACUGCUGAUUCCAGUCUGAAGACGAGGCAGCGAAAAUGUCUAAGGAUCCGUCCCGAGCUUUUCUCAAAGAUGUAAAACGAGUGAUUAUCAAGGUCGGGACGGCUGUUGUUACCAGAUCGGAUGGAAGAUUAGCACUUGGCAGAGUUGGAGCACUUUGUGAGCAGGUAAAAGAAUUGAACUCUCAGGGUUUGGAAGUUAUUUUGGUGACAUCUGGUGCUGUUGGUGUUGGUCGCCAGCGCCUUAGAUACCGCAGACUAGUAAAUAGCAGCUUUGCUGAUCUCCAGAAACCGCAACUUGAGCUUGAUGGAAAGGCUUGUGCAGCUGUUGGGCAGAAUGGCCUUAUGGCUCUCUAUGAUGUCUUGUUUAGUCAGUUAGAUGUUACAUCAUCGCAACUUCUUGUGACUGAUAAUGAUUUCAAGGACUCAGAUUUUAGGAUGCAGCUCACUGAAACAGUGAAUUCCUUGUUAAAUCUGAGGGUUGUUCCUGUUUUCAAUGAAAAUGAUGCAGUAAGUACAAGGAGAGCUCCAUAUGAGGAUUCUUCUGGGAUCUUUUGGGAUAAUGACAGUUUGGCUGCUCUAUUGGCAUUAGAAUUGAAGGCUGAUCUUCUUGUUUUGCUGAGUGAUGUUGAGGGCUUGUAUAGUGGUCCUCCUGGUGAACCUAAGUCAAAGCUUAUCCAUACAUAUAUCAAAGAAAAGCAUUAUGAGAAAAUCACAUUUGGGGACAAGUCAAGGGUGGGAAGAGGCGGCAUGACUGCUAAAGUAAAGGCUGCUGUAUAUGCAGCUUCCGCUGGUACCCCUGUUGUUAUUACUAGUGGUUAUUCACUAGAUGGUGUAAUAAAAGUACUCCAAGGUGAAAGGGUUGGGACUCUUUUUCAUCAGGAUGCACACUUGUGGGCUUCUUCUAAAGAAAUUAGUGCACGCGAGAUGGCAAUUGCUGCUAGGGAUUGUUCUAGGCGCCUGCAGACACUGAGUUCUGAGGAAAGAAGGAAAAUUUUGCUGGGCAUAGCCGACGCUUUAGAAGCAAAUGAGGCCUUGAUCAAAGUUGAGAAUGAUGCCGAUGUCAUUGCUGCACAACAAGCUGGUUAUGAGAAGUCAUUGGUUUCACGAUUGACACUAAGGCCUGGAAAAAUAGCAAGUCUGGCAAAAAAUAUUCGUAAACUUGCAGACAUGGAAGAACCAAUUGGCCAAGUCCUAAAGAGAACAGAGCUUGCUGAUGGUCUCAUAUUGGAGAAAACAUCAAGUUCUUUGGGUGUACUUUUGAUUGUUUUUGAAUCUCGCCCAGAUGCACUAGUCCAGAUAGCUUCAUUGGCAGUUCGGAGUGGGAAUGGACUCCUUCUCAAGGGAGGAAAGGAAGCCACGAGAUCUAAUGCGGUCCUGCACAAGGUAAUCACUGCAGCCAUACCGGAAAGUGUUGGUAGCAAGCUUAUUGGACUCGUAACUUCAAGGGAUGAGAUUCCUGACCUGCUCAAGCUAGAUGAUGUGAUUGACCUUGUGAUCCCAAGAGGCAGCAAUAAGCUUGUUUCUCAAAUUAAGGAAUCAACAAAGAUCCCUGUCCUUGGGCAUGCUGAUGGAAUAUGUCAUGUUUAUGUUGAUAAGUCGGCUAAUAUGGAUGUGGCAAAGAGCAUUGUUUUGGAUGCAAAGAUAGAUUAUCCUGCAGCCUGCAAUGCCAUGGAAACUCUACUUGUGCAUAAGCAUUUGACACAGACUGGCGGUCUUAAUGAACUUAUUCAAGAACUCAAAGUUGAAGGUGUCACCAUAUACGGUGGACCCAGAGCCAGUGCUUUACUAGAUCUUCCCCAGAUUUCAUCUUUCCACCAUGAAUAUAAUUCACUGGCUUGUACCGUGGAAAUAGUGGAUGAUGUGUUUGCUGCCAUUGAUCAUAUACAUCGUCAUGGAAGUGCACACACGGAAUGCAUAAUUGCCGAAGAUUGUGAAAUUGCAGAAACAUUUCUUCAUCAGGUUGACAGUGCUGCUGUGUUCCACAAUGCAAGCACACGUUUUUGUGAUGGGGCUCGUUUUGGACUUGGAGCAGAGGUUGGGAUAAGUACAGGGAGGAUUCAUGCUCGAGGACCUGUUGGUGUUGAAGGGCUUCUAACAACUCGAUGGAUUCUGAGAGGGAGUGGGCAAGUGGUAGAUGGUGACAAAAGGGUAGUCUAUACGCAUAAGGAACUUCCCCUGCAUGCAUAGGAAAGGAGAUUUAAGCGCACCAGUGCCCAUGGCGUUUGACCUACUUGGUGGCGUGAAGGUUUAAGGGGAGCAUUGUGGAAGCCUCUCUCUCUAGUGUGACAAUUUUUCAUCACGUGUAUGGGAGUCCUAGUCCAACUGGGUUGGUACUUACCUGUCCAACUGGGUUGGUACUUACCUUACAUAAUAGGACAAUUCCUUCACAACGGUAUUCUGACAAUGGAUCAGUCUAAAUUCUUGGCUCAAUUUUCCUUCACAACUCUAUGCUUAGAAGACAAUGGAUCAGUCUAAAUUCUUUGCUCAAUUUUCCUUUACAAGUGUAUGCUUACAAUGUUUUUUGAGUCUAAUGGGAUAAUAUUAAUUAUUUAUGCACUUUUCCAUUGUGUUAUA